AUGUACGCAUUUACCAUUCCGGAUCUCCAGUCCGGUCAGCCUGGUCAGACACAACGAUCGGUCAUAGCUCUGUCUCAGAAUCGGAUUCAUCUUUGGAGGCAGGCGCAUGCAAAUGGAGACACUCUCAUCCGCAGAAGGGUUGGCAUGUCAAGUGGUACUGAACUUGAUACACUGUCAGGUUAUUUGCCUAUAGGUCUGAUUCACGAACUUAUCCACGCCAAGCAUGUGUGCAUACGGGUGGAAAAGCAUUACUCAUUUAGCCAAAAGGGAUCCGACAAAAUCGGUCUUAAAUAUAGCAUCGCGUUGUAUGCGCUGGCUAUGUUUCUGGAUAGCCUUGAUUGGUCCAGUGGGGAAGCAGUAGCUCUCCUCACUCAACAUAGCAAUCAGGAUUGUGAGAUGGCUUUUGGGCCACAGGAAGAGUCGACAUCAAGCAGUGACGGUAGCAAUAUUGGCUGGUACACUACCAUUUGA